AUGUCAUCUUGCGUUUGCUUGAAGCUGAGCGGUUUGUCUUUGGAAGGUGAUUCGGUUGCGUACCAAAAGGACGCAACUACCACCGCUAUCACCAGGAUAAUGGAUGAUUACAAUGACCCAGUCCAUCUGGAGAGACUGUCAACACUGAACUUUUUCCAAGUGGAGGACCUGGGUGCCAUUAUGCCCACUGGCCAGAGGUCACACAACUACACUCUUGAGGAUUACCGCAUUAAUGAGUGGUAUUACUCUUGGCUGCCUCAUACCAAUAAGCGGCAGGAUGGUCUCACUACUUAUCAGGUCAAGAUUCGUUAUGCAAACAACACCAAUGAGACCUAUGUGUUCCACGGUCCAAAUGCUCCAGAUGAAAACCCUGGACCUGUUAAGUUCACGCGGCCUUACUUUGACUGUGGACGCUCAGACAAAUGGAGUGUGCCUGCUAUUACACCUUUUGCUGAUUUAUAUCCUCGGCACACACAAUUCAGGCACAUUGAGUACCCAACACUUACUGGAAUGUCUGUGAUGGAAAUGGAUUUUGAUCGGAUAGAUAUAAACCAGUGUCCGAAAGGAGAGGGAAAUGAAGGUCCGAAUCGGUUUGCAGACACCUCGAAGUGUAAAAAGGGCACAACAGAGUGUGAGCCUUUAGAUGGCUAUGGCUUUAGAAGAGGUGGCUACCAGUGUCGAUGUAAACCAGGAUAUCGAUUACCAAAUGUAGUGCGACGGCCUUACCUUGGGGAGCUUAUAGAACGAGCGACACUCUAUCAAUAUCAAAAUUCCUUUAGUUGUACACCAAUUGGAUGGAUCCAAAAAUUGCCCUUCGACUACAACAGAAUGGAAGAGUUCGAGAGGCAGAAGUACCUUUCCCGGGAUUACUACAAUGUUACGGGGGCCAACGCGGCGAGGGCCAGCACCAUGAAUGUCGAUGAGGUGAUAGAGUUUCUCAAGUCAGUCACUGCUGAAAACUGCAAGACAUUCCACCCAGAUGACUUGCUGCUCAGGGGUGACAUUGGGUUCGGAAUGGAAAAGCAGUUCGAGAAUGAGGCCAGGAUGGCGCUGCGUCUCGCCAACUUCCUCAGCGCUUUCAUGCAGAUAGUUGACCAUAAGGAGAUCUUCUCUGGUGUUCGUGUUGUGGACCAGCCUUUGUCUGAGGACCAGAUGAUGGGAGAAGUCUUGUCUAUUAUUCUUGGAAACAGUAGGGUUUGGGCAUCGGGAAUGUACUGGGACCGCAGUAAGUUCACAAACCGCACCCUGUUUGCCCCCUUGGCUUACAAGACAGAAUUAAAUACAAGAAAGUUUGGAAUGGAAGAUUUGGCUCGUCUGAACUCCUCCAGGGAAGCUUACACCAAUAAACCCUGGUUCAGGAAAUUGAAAAGUAGAUGGUCAACUAAUUUUGAUGACCUAGAGAAAUACUGGAUCAAAUUGAAGCUGAGGCAUAACUCUACUGGGAUGCACUCCAUUAAAUAUGAAAGAUACCCAACUUUCUACAAGGCAGCUGAACUUCAACAUGGCCAGUGGAGUACUCCAGAGUUUGACUGUGAAGGUUUUGUCAAGAAGUGGGUUGUUCACUACACAGCUCCAUUCUUUGGAUGGGAUACUUUGCGGUCAAAGCUUGAAUUUAAGGGUGCUGUCAGAGUUACUAUGGAUCUCAUGAAACUAGACAUCACCCAAUGUCCCGAUGAGUUUUACGUCCAAAAUGCCUUUAAGGAUACUCACCGCUGUGACAGGAAGUCAUCUUAUUGCGUUCCAAUCCAAGGCCGAGGAUUUGAUACAGGUGGAUAUAAGUGUGAGUGCAUCCAGGGCUUUGAAUAUCCAUUUGAAGAUCCCAUUACGUACUUUGAUGGACAGUUGGUAGAGGCAGAAUACUUGAACAUCAUUCGUGACAAGAAAACAAGGUACGAUUUCCUGAAGUGUCGUGUUGCUGGUGCAUCAGGGAUCCAGAGCAGCUUCGUUACUGUUGUAGCUCUUAUUCUCUUUACAAUUAUAGCCCGCAGACACUAAUUUUUUGUUGAGGGUUGUCAACUUUUUUGUCAGAUUUUAUUUUUAUGUAUAUUUUUUAUUAUUGUUUUUUCAAUUACAGAAUUGAAAUGUAUCCAAAUUUUCUUUUUAUAGACUGUAUUGAUUGAAAUCAAGUCAAUAUUACUAGGAGGAUAUAUAUAAGUGACUAUUCACAGAAGUAUAUGUGCAUACUAUGAAGUAAGUAUAAUUAUUUUUAUACAAGCAUACCAAUAUGUUAGAUAAACUUGUUCUGUGAGAGAGAGUAAUGUCCUUCCAUGAAAUUUGGACAUGCUUAAAAUAUGUUUGAAUCAUCAGUAACUUCAGAUUUGGGGUAUUAUAAUUCUAUUGGAGUUGAAGUGUAUUACAGCAAUUGUUUUCAUAGCAAGAUAUGAUAAAGAUAGGAUAUUUUAUAAUCUUUUGUUUUUAUGCCUAUAUGUAAAGUUUAAACAAAGUAACUUUUUGGCUAUGGAAAUGAGCAGCGUGAUUUGAGUACUUUAAAGAGAGAUCCUUAGGGAUUACCUUUUAUUUUCCUAACAGAUAUCUUGGAAAGUAUUUUGUUAAUAUUGAUUCAUUAAUUUUGUUCAGAUUUUCUCAAUUGUAUUGUCAAAUGCAUUUUUGUAUUGUUAAAAUAUAGGAUGUAUAUUCUUAAUGAAAUGUACUUAGAUUGGAAAAAAAAUGAAAGGAGAUCUUACUAUGCUCUUCAUCAACAUUUUUAAAGGAUUAUGUGUGCUAUUGUAUUUCAAAGUGCAGUUGAUAAGUGCCAAAUGCACAUGUUAUUGAAUCAUUGCAAAGUAAAAACUGUUGAAUUUCCUGAGUAAUCAAAAUUACUUAGUUAUUUUGUUGUGAUCAGUAUAUGCUUUGUUAACUUUCACAAGUUUUAACUUGAGUAACUAGAACUUUGCAAAAGUUCCAUCCAGAAGUCUUUGUGUCGCAAACACAAGAGUUGCAGAAAUUCCGUCCAAAGACUGUUGUGUCACAAACACUUGCCUUCUUGAAUGUAUUCCAUGCUGAGAAGUCAAGGGAUAAUCAUAUUGUAAUUUACUUUAGGUGAAACAUUCUGUCGAGAAACUCGGGUAUCCCAUGUUUUGGGGUAAAUUGAAUAUUUGUAAUGAUGUACAAAUUCACAGGUUUGGUUACUGUAAGUUAUUUACAGUGUGGUAUUUUUUUCAACUUUGGAAAAUGUUAUUCAGAAUUUAUCAAGUAUAACAGAUUUCUUUUUCUUUUUCUUUUGAAGCUGAAAGAUGAUUUUCAGAACAUUUUUUGUUUUUUUUAGCUCAAAUGUGUGAAAUCACAUGAAUGUAUAUUCCGUCCACAGGAAGUUGUUACAUACUGUACCUUUUUUAAUGUAAUAGUGUUAGACAUGCCAUCCAAAGUUUUGUAAGUGUUGAAAGUUUCAGAAAUGUACAUUUCUUAUAUUUUUCUGCUAUUAUAAGAUAUAAAGCAUUCCUGUUAACAUUCCCUAACAUGAAGUAAGUAAUGCCAGUGAAAGGGAGUAUUCUUUACAUCUGAAUUGGAUUUAGAUCUGAACUCUGUAAAAUGAAUAUCUUUUGUCCAGUGCUUGUCUAGGUUGUGUGAAUGUGAAUGACUGUUCAGAUAUCAAGAAAUGUCAGUUGUGAAAGCUAUAGAGUGAAAAAUUAGAUUUGUAUUUUUGAUUGCAUAUAUGCAUUACUUUUAUUGUACAUUUUACUGUUCACACAUAAAGACUUAUUAAUGUACUAUAAUCUAGUGGAGUUAAGUUCUUAUCUACCUGUCUGCAUUAGGUGAAUUCUUUUUAGCUUGUGGUAUAAGCUUGAACUGCUUAUUUUCAUACUUCACAACAGGAUUAGUACAAGGAAGGCUUUAGCUGUAAAUACAUUGCAUUUAUAGUGGACAUUUAUUGAAAAAUAAAGACCUUAAUAUUA